AUGAGUGGAAGAAGAAGAAAGUCGCGGAUGAAUCGCGUGCGCGAGACGGAGAGCCCGAAUUUCGAGGGGACGGUAACAAAGAAGAGUGAAAAUAAGAGAUUAUCCAGCUCGACGGCAAUUGGAACACCCGGUAACGGCAGCGGGGGUGGCGGCGGAAGCGGCAGCGGAGGUGGUGGAGGCGGCGGUGGAGGUGGGACUGCCGGCAACGGGACUUCCGGUGGUGAUUUUCUACGUAGAAGUCAUCCCCUCGCGGAACAUACGGCCCUACAUCCCGCUUACCGGAUCAACUACAUGGACCACCUCUACCAUCAACUCCAGGCCUCCACGCACAGUCCCAACACCUCACUACACGGACUGGGUGGUUUGGGGCCCGAGUACCUCUUACACGCGGCAGGUCCUGCCAGCACCCUCGCAUCGUCCGAAUUCCCGUUCUCCAUUGAUGUUUCAGCAUCGUCGCGACUAGGAAGUCCGCGAGCCUCAGCGAUCAGGGCGAGUCGGAAAAGAGCGUUGAGCAGUUCACCGUAUUCGGACAGGUUCGACAUCGACAGCAUGAUUCGAUUUAGCCCUAAUAGCUUGGCGUCCAUCGUCAACGGUUCACGAAGUAGUAGCGCGAGCGGAAGCUACGGACAUCUCUCCGCUGCAAUGAGUCCAGCGUUAGGCAUGCAUCCCAGCAUGGCGCCGCACCUGCAGCAGCUACAGGCCCACAUUUUGAGGAGUGCGGCCGCGGCGGCGCUUUUACCUCACACGCACUCCUUGCAGCCACCCGCACCACCGCCGCCACCGCCGCAUCCUCAUUCUCACCCCCAUACCCACGGACUGUCCUCUCAUUCGCAAUUGUACCCCGGUGUGCCGCCUCAUUCCACGUCGUCGGCGACGCUCAGCCCGCACGGAGUUGGAGUGCCCCCGAAAAGUGAGAGCGUAGAGUCAUGUCGAAAAGCGUCGGAAUCAUCGACUCGCUCGGUGACGGCCGAGGCCGACACUUCCUCAAGGCGGGCCGCUACCAAAGUCAAGAGGGAACCGGCGACAACGACCACCAACGCGACCACCACUACCGCCCCACCGACUCACCCUCAAGGUCUUAGUCCUAGUGAGGAUCUCAGAGACGAACCUGGUGACUUUAUCGAAACGAAUUGUCAUUGGAGGGACUGCGGUCUCGAAUUUCCUACACAGGACGAUCUCGUGAAACAUAUCAACAACGAUCACAUACACGCCAACAAGAAGAGCUUUGUUUGCGGUUGGGAGGAAUGCUCGAGGGAGGAAAAACCCUUCAAGGCUCAGUACAUGUUGGUCGUGCACAUGAGAAGGCAUACGGGUGAAAAACCACACAAGUGUACCUUCGAGGGUUGCUUCAAAGCCUAUUCGCGACUGGAGAACCUCAAGACUCAUCUCAGAUCUCAUACCGGCGAGAAACCGUACACCUGCGAGUAUCCUGGCUGCAGCAAAGCCUUCAGCAACGCCAGCGAUAGAGCAAAGCAUCAAAACAGAACGCACUCCAGCGAGAAACCGUACAUUUGCAAAGCUCCCGGCUGUACGAAGAGGUACACGGAUCCGUCGUCGUUGAGGAAGCACGUUAAGACUGUUCACGGCGCCGAGUUUUAUGCGAACAAGAAGCACAAGGGCGGCAACGGUGGUGACGGCGGUGGCAGCGACGAGGCCGGCGCGGGAGGUAACAGCCCCAGCAGGAGUGAGGAUUUACCUCCGAAGACACCCAGCCUCUCAAGUCCCAGCGUCAAAUCCGAGAGCGAGGCGAACAGUCCGCCCGGGAUCAUGCAGCAGCAGGGUAGUCCGCUGGUGGGUGGUUGUAACGACGAGGUCGCGGGAAUGGGCGCUCUCACCGGUGACGGAAUCGCCCUCGCCGAAGAACCGUGGAACGAGGAACCCGACGACUUGGACAUCGCCGAUCUUCCUGUAGCGCUACGCGCCAUGGUCGGCGGUAUGGAAUCGCAGCAGCAAUUGCAAGUGCCGGCACCCACGUCGAGAAAUCGGCUGAAAGGAAGACUGAACGUCAAAGGCAUGCCGAACAUGCCGAUCGGCGUAGCGAACAUGCGCGGGAUUCACGGUGUCGUACCUCAGGGUAAUAUCGGUGACCUCAAUAAGAGGAUUACCGAUUUGAAGAUGGAGGGUGGCGGCGGCCAGACACGGCAGACAAGUCUGUCGGAUCUUCAACUGAGGUUGCAGCCGUUCGGUGAGCCGCGAAGGGACAGCAACAGCACCGUCAGCACUUAUUACGGCAGUAUGAGAUCGGCGGAUCUCAGUAGCCGAAGGAGCAGCCAGGCGAGUGUCGUUAGCGCCGUUAGAAUGGGCCCAGGACCGGAGAGCUUCUACGAUCCGAUCAGUCCGGGUACGUCUAGGCGAAGCAGCCAGAUGAGCACCGCUUCUAGCAGGAUCGAUCAGAAUCAUCUUCAGGGGCCUUACUCGACGAAUAAUCUUGUCGUUCAAACGCAAAAUAUGUCCCUACAGAGCAUUCAGGGGAUGCCAAGCGACUGGAAUAAUCCGAGCGGUCAUUGUACUCAACCGUCGAGUGACCGACGAAUGUCCGAACCCAUUCGUAGUAACCCGGCCCAAAGGACUUCUCCUCCGAUCCCGCUCAGGCCAAGAUCGGCACAGCUGCCCGAGCUUCAGCCCGAGCUUCAUCCCAAUCAGGAGGUGAUUCUGGAUGAAGUGGGCGAAGGUGAAAUGGUGGAAAACAAGCUAGUUAUUCCCGACGAAAUGAUGCAGUAUUUGAAUCAGGUUCAAGCGGGUGGAAAUCAAGUCAGUUAUCGCGGUAGUCCUCUACCGAUCUGCCAAUCGCCGAUAUGCACGAAUCCUCUGCAUUAUCAGCGACAGGUGCAGCCUACGUGCAAUUACAACCAAUCGCAUCAGUCACAUCAACAGAACUGUUAUUCUUCUCAGCAAGUCGUUCAACAACCCUGUCCGAACUAUCAAAAUCCCUCGUCUGCGUCUUACGGCCAGUGUCCGAAUUCACGUACGACUCAACCUCCGUCGCAGUAUUGCCCGCCGCCAAAUUAUGGGUCUCAAGUCACUGGCGGACAAGUGGCAAGUCCAGCCGCGGGUCAAGUCAUGUCACCGAGUUCUCAUUAUGCCUCGGCUCACUUAAGCGAUCAGCCGUUGACAUCUCCCGCGGCUGGCGCGUUAGCGCCGCAGCACGCGCCGCAAAACCUGCCCCAGAACUCUGCCCAACUUUCCCGAAAUUGUCCUCAGAACCACUCGCAUCAUGGUUACUAUUCGGGUUACGGUUGCGCGGGUCAAAUGAACGCGAACUGCAAUGGCACCGGUGGCCCAGCCGGUCAUCAUUCUAAUCAGACUUGCACAUCAUCCAAUCACACCGUACAGAUGCGGCUAACGAACAAUUGUCAGCAAUUAUCGCCGCAUUGCACUCAGCAGACUGCGCCCAUGACCAAUCCGCCAGCUAUUGCUCAUCCGAACGCUCAGUGCAGCCAAUCCUCUGGUCAAUGUACGAGGCCUAUGGCAACGUCCAACAGUCAAAUGCCCAACGUACACUCUGCCCAACAGUCUCCAGUGGCUAAUCAGUGCGGUCCGAUGUCACCCCAUUGUUCUCAAUUGAAUCAUGCGAACCAGGGGAAACCGAUAAAUACGCUCACGACAAAUCUUCAAAGCUGUCAACAGCAGACUCAACAAUCGGCCACAGCGCCCUGCCUGCAAGUCAACAACUGUAUUCAUCCCAGUGGUGCGCAUCGGCAGGUCAACGACGGUAGCGGCGGGUCAAAGAGAACGUCACCACAACUUUGUAACGCUCAGCAGACUAACUGCAGAAUGCAACAGCAGCAACAAACCUGCGCGCAUAAUUGUCAAACUCGCACGAAUCCUCCUGCUCAGUACAACUGCAAUUGCGCAUGGACUUAUGGAAAUCAAUGUUAUCACGAUCAACAUGGUGGACCGUUGCCGGAAAUACAAUGCAGAGAUAUUAGCCAGUCGCAACAAGGCUCGCCGAUAAAGCCGCCUCAAGGUAUGCGACAAGACUCCUACCGCAGAACAUUGGAGUACGUCCAGCAAUGUAGGAACUGGUCCGUCAACGCUCAAACCCACGAGACCAACGUCUCCAGCUCGACGCAUCCUUUGUCGUUGCCGCAACCUUUGCCAGCUAGCGCCAAUAUGGUUGUCAAUGAUAUGACAUCUUCGCUUAGCUCUUUACUAGAAGAAAAUAGAUAUUUACAAAUGAUUCAAUGACCCCAUGUCUAUUAACGAGAAGCAUCAAUUAGUUUUAUCGAUCGAUGAAACAGUCGCGCUUAAACAGUUUUCCACUUGAUUAUUACAUUAAUAACAUAUAAUCUUUAAUAUAUAAUUUGAAUGAAAUUAAAAUAUUAAAAUUAUUAGACACAAAAGAUCCAGUCCGAUCUUGUAUUGGCAUUUCUUAUUUACUUGAUUAUCAUCAUAAUCGGUACAUGACUCUCUUAAUAUAAAAUAUUAAAUAUGAAACAUUUAGCAAAAUUUAUGACGCUGAUGAUAGCUUCAUGUAGAUGCGGUCGAUUCAUAAUUUGCAGAUUUUGACACCUCAUAUGUCUUUAUCUCAUAUAUUUAAAGAUUGUGAAUGAGAAUCCGAAGUAAUUCGUUUUGAGAACAAUAAAUUAAUACAUUUGAUAAAAUUUAAAAUAGAGCGUGGCUUUGUAUAGAAACGGUUGAUUCGUAAUUAAUAGAUUCCUGGGUUCAGUCUUGACUCUUAUCCGAUAUAUGUUUCAGUUUAUAAAAGGUUUGUUAAAGAUUUAAGUUUUGAGUAAAGUAUGAAGUGAUUGUAAAUUGUAACACGUUUUCGUGUUACUAAUGCAUGUAUUUGGCGAAGUUUAGUAUAUACCGUGAUAAAAAAUAUUGAAAGAUAUAACUAAAUAAAAUCAAUUUUAAAUUUGAUUUGAGUGAUCUACUCUAGUGAUGGGAUUUAGUUGUAAUUUUUGGCCCGAUUUUUAACAAUUAUUAUUUUUCUUUUACCAUUUGUAUCUUACAAUUAGCGACGAGUUACUAGACGUAACUAAAAUGCAUAACAUUCUGUUUUAGGAAUGAACGUAUUAUAAGUUGGGUAGGAUUAUACUCUUCCGCAGGUUAAUAAGACCCUCUUUGAUAUUUUUUUUUAGAGAAUUUAAUUUUAAAUAUAAAUAUAAUAAAAAUUAUAGAUACAAGGAGAGAUUUAGAUAAAAAAUCAAGAAGUAAAAGCAUUAAUCAUGAUGAAGGGAAAAAGUUUAUAUCCAAAUCGGAAUGGCAGAUAGAGCUAUUUUAUAUAUUGGAAAUAAGAAAAAUAUUGCAAUAUAAAUAAAUUCAAUGAUAAAUUCUCACUCUUAUAUAAAUAUUAAAAGAUUAAAUCGCUAACUUCGCUGCAGUUCGUAUAUCAAGAUUUUGUGUUGCUAAUCGAAGCUGAUACGGUCAUAAUCUAAUGGGGAUUUAAUGGAGACACAGAAGCAUUCAACAUGCGAGCAGACAAUGCUUAUGUCUUUAUUUUAUUUGCAUAGAUUUCACUCUUCAUUUCAUUCCAAAUAAAAAUCCAAUAGAGCGAAGUCGAAAGACUUCAGUGGAGUGAGUGAGAAUCUUGCUUCAACUCGUUCUAUCUCAGAAACUAUUCCGAAUUGGAAUCAUGUUUAUAUGAACUUUCUUUUACUAGGAUUAUGAUUAUCAUUUUUCGUAUUAAUCUCUCCUGCUGAAUCACCUUAAAUACAGCACGUUGAAAAAUGAUGUAAACACAUUCGGGGGAGACCAGGGGAACAAGAUCAUUUUCCAGCAUCCUAUAUAAUUAUUUAUACCUAUAUUUAUGAUAACAUUAUAAAAUAUAUUAUAAUAAUUAUAAUAUUAUAAUUUUAAUAUAUAAUUAUAAUUGUAAAAAAAAAAAACUUUUGGAUGAAGACCUUAAGAGCACUUACAACUAUUUGUUAGAAAAACGAUUCCAAAAUAAGAAAGAUACAGAUCCUAUUGUAUUUAUCUAUAUAUAUUCACUAAAUCCCACCACUGAUCUAUUCAGCAAAAAUCGACACUGUUUUUAAACAGCAAGAUUAGUUUUAUAACGUUAAUAUGGUUGAUGUGGUCGUUACGUUGAUAAAAAUUUUAGAGUCGCGAUGCAAGAAUACAAAGUGCCUUAAUCUUAAAUAACGCGCAUUUGAAAAGUGCCACAGUGUAAGUUAUUACAUUUGAAAAUAUCGAUUCACGACAUUAAGUACCUCGAAAAUUCCGCUCAUAGUAACUUAGAAUUUUAGAUAUUAGAUAAUAAAGAUAUUCCGUAUUUUGUCUACGGAUAAAAUA